AUGGCCAAACUUCAGUUUACAGGCUUUUUUCUUCUGAGUUUACUGACACUGCAAACGGAUGCCAUCGAGACAGUGAAUGUGGUGGAUUUCUGUGGCCAGACAGUAAAGGGAGACGGUAUGAUCGUCCGGUCCCACCAGGAGUCGCGCAGGUACUACUUUGUCAGAAUCGGGACUGACUGCCACCUGACUAUGCAGGCAGCCACACCCCGUGACAAGGUGCAGUUCCAGUUUCGCUUCUUCCUGGUUUACAGCCUACUGCGUGUGUCACCCUUCAGCCCCGUCCCCCUUGUCCCAGAGUCGGCCCGGGGUCCUUCGCAUUCAGGUUCGACACGGCCUGACCAGCGCAUGGAGCCCACAUCAGAGGAGGGCCAAACAGAUCCGUGUCACGCUGGCUCUUACAUCCAGUUCUAUGAUGGUCGGGAUAAGAUGGCACCCCCUAUUGGGCCUCCACUGUGUGGAAAGAGCCUACCACGCCCAGUCCUAUCCACUGGAAACUAUCUAACUCUGCGACUGGUGACCAGGGGGACUCAACCACGCGUGGAUUUUGUCGGGGACUUCACCUCAUUCAGGCUGGGUUUUAAUCAUUCUGAAUGCAGCAGUGAGCCCUAUUUCACCUGCCAAAAUGGAAAAUGUAUCCCAAUGAGUUUGGUGUGCAAUGAUGACAAGGGAAUCGACAACUGUGGCGACGGCACCGACAUGCAACAUUACCCAGAGUGCACCAGUCACCUGUCCACAGCUAGCACACAUCAGACGUAUGCAACUUCUCCUCCCUUGUUGAAUGUGGCCACUAUCAAGACAUCGACUCUGGAGAAGUGUACUGGUCCAAAUCCCAUCCCUGACAUUGAUUCUGUCACUGAUUCCCCUCCAUACGUGUCCCUGCUUGCGCUCUAUGUGGUACUGGGAGUUCUGGUUGGGUCAGUGGUGGUGUGCUGGUGCUGCUGGUCUCCCGGCUGGUUCCUCUGGAGAGUGAGUGUGUGUCGUUUCCUGCCGUGCUGUAACUCCUGCUGUGCUUCGUGUCAGCUGUGCAGCCGGAGCUGCUUGCAGAACAAAGAACACCGGCUGGCCAAGGUCACCCCGCAGCAAGUCUCCACGCCCGCAGCCUCCACCACCACCGUGGUCGCCAUGUAGAGCCAAUACAGGAGGACUCACUCGAAAAGUGACUGACGAAGGACAUGAUGGUGGUAUCGUGUUCGUCACUGCACGUCUUUAAAGACAUGCGCUUGUAGUUUUGAAGCGGGGUGAAUAUUUUGUUCUGUGUCUGCUGCUCUUUUUUAAGAAAUCAAGUGUUAUGUUGUUAAGUCUUUAAAUUUGUGCAAAUCAUUGUCACAUAUCAGCUAUUGGAUAUUUCGAAGAAGAUGAUGCCAGUAUUAUCACAUAGGUCCCAGAUGCACUGAAAAGAGCUAUUCACAUUUCCAGGAAGGAGCGUGCACAAAAGGCGUUCAAGUCCGGACUGGUUCUGUUUUCAAAACGACAGUCCAAACAGUUUCACUAUUCUCAGAGCUAUUGUUACAGAUGCUUACAUAACAGCUACGGGUCUCGCUGUCAGCUAGGCACGUUGCUCUGUGGUGAUGAGGUGCAUUUUUCCUCAUGGCUGUUGCUGAGUUACUGAGCUCUAUCCUGUUCUCCCUGAGGUCGUGUCCUGAAACUUGGACUCUGCCCUUAUACGGCUCUUUAACGAAGUCACAAUACACAACACUACGAAUGCUGCUCAGUUAUAGCUCAGGAUCAUGUUGCAUCAGUCCUGAUUUGGUUUAUUCUCAGUUUGGGUUUAGUCCCAAUUUCUAUGCAGUUUUACUCUUGACUCAAUCAUCAUUGGCUUUAAUGUUUAGCCUCACUUUGGGUUUAGUCUCAGGUGGGAGUUUAGUCUUUGGGCUUAGUUUGAGUUUAGUCCUGGUAUUGACAAUCUUAGUUUUGGUUCAUUCUCAUUUUGGGUCUAGGUUUGUUUUAUGUUUAAAUUAAUUUCAGUCUUAGUCUCUUGAAUGGGUUUAGUUUGGGGUUAGUUUACCGUGGGGACAGCUAGGAAACCAUUAGGAUAAGGGACAAAAACUGAUACUAAACACAAACUAAAAAUCAAGAUCACUAGGACUAAACCCAAAUUAAUACUAAACCAAACUUAAACUUAGCCCAGUUCAGACUAAAGCCUGUUUGAUGUUCUCUCACUAAAAUAGGAACCGCCCUUCUCGCAGUGAUUGGGCAGA